UAGAAGUUUUGCAUCGCAGUAAAGGACAGGACGAGCGGCGGUGACACACAGGGGAUCAGAGCUCACCUAAAACCUCACGCUGGAGGCGGAGGAAGUGCUGGGUGUCGCCUGAGCAUAGCGCUUACAUGUACAGCAGUCUCGGCCGAGGGUAACGCUGUGUGUUCAAGGACUGUACGCUGCCAUGUCGGCGUUUCUGCUGAGUCUUCUCGGGGAGCGGCUCGUCAACAGCGCGAAAGCCGAGGUGGACGUGCAGUCACUAGGCGCCAGGCUCUCCCUGGUCGGGCUCUUCUUCGGAUGCAGCCUGAACGCCCCGUGCAAGCAGUUCAACAGCAACCUGUGUGAGUUUUACAGCAGGUUCAAAAAGACGUCUGAACACAAGGACAAAUUGGAAAUCGUCUUCAUCUCGUCUGAUCAGGACCAGAAACACUGGCAAGACUUUUUGCAGGAGAUGCCGUGGCCGGCGUUACCUUUCAAAGACAGACACAAAAAGAUGAAGCUGUGGAACAAGUACAAGGUCACCAGCAUCCCUUCUCUGGUGUUUGUGGAUGCAGCUACGGGGAAGGUGGUGUGUCGGAAUGGUCUGCUGGUGGUCAGAGAUGACCCUAAAGGUCUGGAGUUCCCCUGGGGCCCGAAGCCAUUUGCGGAGGUGGUGGCAGGGCCUCUGCUCAGGAACAACAGGCAGACAACAGACAGCAGCUCUCUUGAGGGCCACUAUGUGGGAGUGUACUUCUCAGCACACUGGUGCCCGCCAUGCCGCAGUCUGACCCGGGUCUUGGUGGAAUCCUAUCGAACCGUCAAAGAGUCAGGUCAUAAGUUUGAGAUCGUGUUUGUCAGUGCUGACAGGUCCGAGGAAUCCUUUAAGCAGUACUUCAGCGAGAUGCCAUGGUUGGCAGUGCCAUAUUCAGAUGAGGCUCGACGAUCACGACUCAACAGACUCUAUGGAAUACAAGGUAUUCCCACGCUGAUUUUGUUGGACACAGAGGGUCACAUGAUCACACGACAGGGCCGCGUGGAGGUGCUGAAUGACCCGGAGUGCCGGCUCUUCCCCUGGCACCCUCGGCCCGUGCUCGAGCUCAGCGAGUCCAACGCCGUGCAGCUCCACGAGGGGCCCUGCCUCGUCUUGUUUGUGGAUGCUGAGGAGGAGGGGGAGCUGGAACCAGCCAAGGAGCUGAUUCAACCAAUAGCGGAGAAGCUCAUGGCCAAGUACAAGGCCAAGGAGGAGGAGAUGCCGCUAUUAUUUUUUGUGGCUGGAGAGGAUGACAUGAGUGAUUCCCUGCGAGACUACACUAACCUCCCAGAAGCGGCACCUCUGCUCCCUAUCCUGGACAUGUUGGCCCGUGCCAAGUACGUUCGCGAUGUUGAGGAGAUUACGCCGACUGUAGUGGAGCAGUUUGUCAGCGACUUCCUGGCUGAAAAACUCAAACCAGACCCCAUCUAAGGAGGAAGUCCAAAUGUAAAUUGGACAUAAUGUAUGGGGCUCACUCCAUCACUAAACCCUGACCUGUUGCUAUGCCCCUCACCCUUCCCAGCCUCCCACUCCCCCGUCUGUUAGAGACAUGUCUCACUUGUUAGAGACAUGUCUCACAUGUCUGACAUUUUAACUGUUUUUGUUUGUUUUUUUUAGACAUGUUCCUCUUUUCAUGGAGUCCUCUUUCUCCUGUGGUGCCUUGCAUUGACUAGAGUCCCAACACUAAUGUAUAUGUUUUUCUUUUUUUCCACACAAUAGCAUUUCUACAUAGAGAAACCCAGAUAAUUACCCAGUGGACCUACUUACUUGUUCUGAUGCUUUGCUUUCUUUGCAUUUUGUCUGCCAGAUCCCUGUUUUUCUUUCCUAAAAUCUCUGAAAAUGUAUUUGUAAUUCACAUGUACGCUUACAUGUAAAUGUGCUAAACCUCAGUCGGAUGUAGAUGUAAGCCUUUAUGUCCCUAUUUAAAGAAAGGAAGAACCAGUGACAGGGGCACGUACAGUAAAGAUCAUGUUCUACUUGCCUGUAACAGACCAGUGACUGGUGUUUGAAAACCCAUGUGUCUUGUUGUGUGUGUAUGUGAGUGAAAGUCAUCUCCAGCCAGUUGUUAAUGGAUGAUUCUCAUCUCAAAAGUCAUUAUGAGGAUUUUCUGUGAAGGUCCCCUAAUGAAAAGGCCGGGUUAUUUCUGAAGGCACAAAAAUGGCAUUUGAAAAGUGCUGAAUGUGUAAAUCCUUUUAUUCUAUUACUUCAGUCAAGACUUCGCACACCCAUAAAAAAUUCACUGGCAAGCACAAAGUUCUGUUUAUGUUAGGUUUUCUCAAUAAAGUUAGCUCUUGGAUAUGUAAAAU